UGUUAUGACAGUAAGAAGAGACAUUUUUGGCCGCCGUUGUUUUGAGAUUCACAUCAUGAGAAAAUAACUCUUAGGCAUUUUAAGCCAGUCAUGGAUUCCGCUUUUGAGAGGCACUGCUCGGAGCUGGUGGCCCGGGAGAGGAGCGGACACACGGCCGUGGUGGAGGACAGCCUGCUGUAUGUGUGGGGGGGAUACAUGUCAGUCGCUGAUGAUGAAGUGUUUCUACCCAAUGAUGAAAUCUGGGCGUACGACCUCGAACAAGGCUCAUGGAAAGUGUUUCACAUGCCAGGGGAAGUCCCUCCCUCCAUGUCUGGGACCUGCAGCUGCUCCCUGGAUGGUCACAUGUACAUAUUUGGAGGCUGCGAUGACUUCGGACAGACCAAUCAGAUCUAUUGUGUCAACCUGACAGACGGCAAAUACACAUGGAGGAAGAUCACGCACCAGGUUGGCUCGGCUCCCUCACCUCGAGACAAACUGUCCUCCUGGGUUUACAAAGGAAGGAUCGUCUACUUUGGAGGAUACGGUCACAAACUGCUGACUGACGUGGACAGCAGGAACAGAAGCUUCAUUGUGGAUGAAGCAUCAUCAGUAGGGGACAUUUUCUGGGGAUGGAACAACGAGGUUCAUACAUUUGACCCCAUGCAUUCCAGCUGGAGUCAACCGCAGACCCACGGUCGCGCUCCCGCCCCGAGAGCUGCUCAUGCCAGCGCCACGAUUGGACGCAGAGGGUAUAUCUGUGGAGGUCGAGUCAUGGAGACCAGGACGAACGACAUCCACUGCCUUGACCUUGAAUCGUGGACGUGGUCAGAAAUAGUCCCGGCGUCGAGCACUCCGGUGGGCAGGUCGUGGCACACGCUCACCGCCGUAUCAGACAACGGCUUGUUCCUGUUUGGAGGUCUCAGCGUGGACUGCAAACCAAUGAGUGACGGCUGGUUGUUUGAUGUGGAAACAAAGACGUGGAGAGAAGUGGAGCAUCCCUUUAAGACGAAGCCGAGGUUGUGGCACUCGGCUUGUCCAGGCAAAGACUCUGAUGUGAUCGUGUUCGGUGGAAGCUGUGACUACAUCCUCCUUGUGGACACUGUUAAAAUGAUUCUUGGGGUGGUGGUGGUGCCUAGUGGUUGUGCGCACGCCCCAUAUCUGUGUGGAUUACAUCGCAAAGAGCGCGAGGAACUCAGACCCCCUCCGACAUCAGCUGCCUCUCCUGCCGUCCAAACUCCUGACGGCAGUCCAGACGAGGAUGUGUUUCUACAGGCCGUCAAAGAGGCCGAAAUCUGA